GGGCGAGGUCUGCUUGAUUGGCCCCUUGCGCCUCGACCCCCGGUCCAGUUACGCCAUAUCGUGCAGGCCUCACCCGGGGGUACAGCAGAACGCUAAGACGCCGUCAAUCACUGCCGAUCCCUAGCGGAUUGAGCGUAGGCGGGAUAUGCAACAGCUCCUCUUUGCUGAGUGGGAGGGAUGAGGGGGUGAGGAGAAAGGAACGGUGCCUGCUUUUCUCUCUCUCACUCUCUGUGCGUGGGAAAAGCUGCUCAGUCUGCGUUGCUCAAUCUCGUCUCUUCCCACACUCAGGACCCCCUCGAGAGAAAGGGAGGGGGGGUGUACCUUAGCGUAGGUCCCAUAGCUUGCAACAACCGCUAGUGACGGAGGACCCUGUGUUUUGCCUGAUGGGCGGCGUGCUCACCACCACCACACACACGACCCCGUCCGCCCAACUUUCCCUACGUCUGUGUUCACCUCUUCUCCACGACAAGCCUUGCAGCGACCCUUUUCGCCCCUCUUAUUUUCUUUUAUAAACCCAGGACCAUUCCUGCCAUCCACCGUUUCUUGAAAGCCCGUUUCAUCAGCAUCCAGCUACAAUAACAACAACUUCACACCGUUCUUAAACACAUCUACAAUACUUUUAUAUCUACCUAGCUCUUCCAUCACAUUCGUCUAUCGAAGCAACCCACCAAAACCACAACUACUCUUCACACGCCCUCAGCCUCUCAUCAGCGGCUUACUAUCAAUCAACACCACAUAUUUCAUCUAAACCGUCUCCAUGAGCCCUUCCACCAUGCCCGCUCGCCAGGACGCCUACUCCGUCUCCAUCCCUGUCUCUCCUCCUCCUCCAUCAGAUCUCUCCACCUACAUGCGCUCGAUGCACCAACACACCAAGCGCCAGAUGGAGGCUGCCAACCGUUCGUCUACCAGAAGAUCCGGUGGCCGCACGAGUUACCCUCACAACUCUCAUCACUCUUCAUCCAGCCACGACUCAUCGUAUUAAUACAUAUUCGAUAAAUCAUAAUGGCUAUUUCACUCAUUGACCCUUUUCAACGGGUCUUCGGCUCAUCAUUCUGGUCAUUACAUCCGGCUUGAGAGCCUCUCUUUCAGCGACUGCGAAAAGCAGACAACAGAAUCUGUUCGGUCUAGCACGAUACUAGCGCGAUGGGAUCAGAAUUACGGCAACAUUAGCAUUUGGCGCGAGAGAACUUGUUUUACAAUGGCGGGUUUUGUUUAUGAGGAGAAAUCCCCAGGCGUUGGUGGUUUGGAGGAUAUCGGGCAGUUUACCUCGAGACGUCGAGGUUGACUAUCCAUGAUUAUGAUAAAGCACGAAUAAAUCUUUACAAUCGCUAC